AAAAUUACAACUUCACGGUCAAAAUUGGUCAUUUCAAUUCGGACCAACUUCAGAGUCCCAAGUCUCCUCUCUCGCUGCAUUUGAUGGCUCCGAAACCUGUUACGAGUCCCGUUCCUGAAGCGUGGUACUCAACCAUUGCGCUCUCAGUGAUCGCUCCGAUGGCCUCUUCGUUGCCGCUUCGAUUUUCAUCCAUGAAGCUACAUCUUCUAGAAAAAUCCGUAUUCUGGCCAAGGAACUUACUGGAGGUGCAGUCGCCUUUGUCUUCUUGGUAUGCAUCUUUCUGUACAUUUCUCUUAUCAGUUUUAUGCACAUUUUUUCACCCACCAAACUUACUAUACCAAAAGACCUUUAUUACUCUUUCUUACAUUGCCUUUAUUACUCCAAAUCCACAUUAGGAAAUAUUUUUAUGCAUUAUUCAAAAUUUCCAAAUUGUCUGAUUUUUUUAGUAAUGAUUUUUUAUUAGUUUCUAGUUUCUUUAAGUUUAACUUGUCUGUCUUUGGAAAAUCUGAUAAAAUUUGAAAUAAGAAAAAUAAGUCAACAACACUAAAAUUAAAUCCAGUUAUGAUGUUGUUCAUUGAACAACCAAAAUACAAUUAUAAAACAAAAUAUGAAAGACCCCUAAUUAGGAAUUGAGGGUAAAAUGACAGAUUUACUUUUAAGGGUUGACUUUGAUCUCAAAAUUUCACUCUUGAGAUUUUUCUAAACAUUUUUCUCUUCUAUUUCAGCUUGAAAUUCGGUCUUGACUUUAAAGGAAAAAAUCAGGUUUUAAAUUUUUCGUUCUCAAGGGUUAUAAUUGCGAAGCACAACGUUCAUAAAACUACCAAAAACUGAGAACUUAUGGAUGAAAAAUUAACUUGUCUAUUGACAAUUAUAUUUGGUGUAUAUUUCAUCUUUUACAAAUAAUUUUAAAAUUUUAAAAAAUUAGGGAAUAGAUGGAUUAUAAAAUGAGAAAGUCAUUAGUAAAUAGCGUCACUUUUCACCAAUCGGAGAUGUUUAAUGUAAGUCAUCAGGUUUGGGGCUUUCUCUCUUUAUAAAUUUAAAACCUGAUUUUUUAUAAAUUUCACACUUCAUUGAAAUUGUUUCUUUUUUUUUUUUUCUUUAAAAAGAAAAUACUAAAUAAGCUUAUGUUUUAAAAUUACUUACAAUAUUUUUUGAGUUACAAGCUUAAAUACUCUAUCUUACACAAACAAGCCUUUAUUACAAUCUUACACAAAAGAGUCAUAGAAAGAAAGUGCAGUAGAAACAAUGCUAGACUGAACGAAAAAUUACCUUUCUAAAUAUUUCAAAGCACAAAUUGAUCGCUUUUUAAAAAUAUAAAAUUAGACCUUUUAGAUUUCAAAUGAAAAUUUAUUAUAUCGGUAUGAAUCAUACUAAAAUUGUAAAGUCCAGGUAAGUUCAUAUUAGACAUUACUUAAACGUGCACAUUGUUAUAAAAACAACUCGUACCUUUAUUCUUAUCCAAAAAACAAUUGUUACCUGUGUGUAUCCAUGUGAAGUGAAAUAAUGAUGAUCAUAAAAUUUUAAACGAAUUAAAUUCAUGGCGUUAGUUCUAAAAAAAGCCAAAAAGAUUGGUUUGAAGUAUUAGGACAAUAGCCCAUUGCUGAGGCAGUUUUCUAAAAAAAGACAGCGACAGCUUACCAUCCCUACGUUUCUCAUGUUUUCAAAUGCUUAAAUAGCACCUCACCCUUGCAGUGGAGCUCACCGUUCCUCGGUCACAACCGUUCCUCGGUCAAAACCGUUCCUCGGUCAAAACAUUGAUAUCUCUUCAGAAUGUCAAAGAUUGUGCUGUUGUUUUUGUGUUUGUUUUCAUGGGUUUGUUUUGCAACGGACUCCGUGACUUAUGAUCGCAAAGCCGUGAUCAUUAAUGGCCAGAGAAGAAUUUUGAUUUCUGGCUCUAUUCAUUACCCAAGAAGCACACCCCAGAUGUGGCCGGGCCUCAUACAGAAGGCCAAAGAUGGAGGGUUGGAUGUUAUAGAGACAUAUGUAUUCUGGAAUGGCCAUGAACCUUCUCCUAACAAGUAUCAUUUUGAGGAUAGAUACGAUUUGGUGAAAUUUAUAAAGCUGGUUCACCAAGCAGGCUUAUAUGUUCAUCUCCGUAUUGGUCCAUAUGUCUGUGCAGAAUGGAACCUUGGUGGAUUUCCUGUUUGGCUAAAGUUUGUUCCUGGCAUUUCCUUUAGGACAGACAGUGAACCCUUCAAGGAGGCUAUGCAAAAAUUUGUUACGAAGAUCGUGGAUAUAAUGAAGUUUGAGAAGCUGUAUCACUCCCAGGGAGGACCUAUUAUUAUGUCUCAGAUUGAGAAUGAAUAUGGUCCAACGGAAUGGGAAAUAGGUGCCCCCGGUAAAUCUUACACCAAAUGGGCUGCUCAAAUGGCAGUAGGCCUUGGCACUGGAGUGCCAUGGGUUAUGUGCAAGCAAGAGGAUGCCCCUGACCCUGUGAUUGACACCUGCAAUGGGUUUUACUGUGAAAAUUUCAAACCAAACCGGGAUUAUAAGCCCAAAAUAUGGACAGAAGUCUGGAGCGGUUGGUACGCUGAAUUUGGUGGCCCAAUACCUUACAGGCCAGUCGAGGACUUAGCCUUUUCUGUUGCAAAAUUCGUACAGAAUGGCGGUUCUAUGUUCAACUAUUAUAUGUAUCAUGGAGGAACUAACUUUGCGCGAACAUCUGGUGGGCCUUUCAUUGCCACUUCCUAUGACUUUGAUGCUCCGAUUGAUGAAUUUGGCCUAGUAAGGGAACCAAAAUGGAGUCAUUUAAAAGAGUUGCACAAAGCUAUCAAGAUGUGUGAACCCGCUUUAGUAUCAGUAGAUCCUACCGUUACUUGGCUAGGGAAAAAUCAAGAGGCUCGUGUCUUUAAGUCAAGUUCUGGGUCAUGUGCUGCCUUCCUAGGAAAUUAUGACACAUCAUCUUCUGCAAUGGUCAGCUUUUGGAACACCCAAUACCACCUACCACCAUGGUCCAUCAGCAUCCUUCCUGACUGCAAAUCUGUAGCGUUCAACACUGCAGAGGUUGGGGUUCGAAGUUCGAAUAUUCAGAUGACGCCAGUUACUUCAUUUGGGUGGCAAUCAUACAAAGAAGAAAUUGUUACUCCUUAUGCUCAGGAUACAAUAACCAAGAAUGGGUUAGUGGAGCAAGUUCAUCUCACCUGGGAUACAACAGAUUAUCUGUGGUACAUGACAGAUAUAAAAAUUGAUCCAAGUGAAGGAUUCCUGAAGGGCGGAGAGUGGCCUCUUCUCACCAUCUUUUCAGCAGGCCAUGCUUUGCAUGUUUUCAUAAAUGGCCAGCUAUUCGGAACUGUAUAUGGGAGUUUGGAGAAUCCCAAAUUGACAUUCAGUAAAUACGUUGAACUAAAGGCAGGGGAUAACAAGCUUGCCAUACUCAGUGUUUCUAUUGGUCUUCCGAAUGUUGGCCUGUAUUUCGACACUUGGAAUGUUGGCGUUUUAGGCCCGGUGACGUUGAAGGGUCUGCAAGAGGGCACGAGAGACAUGUCGGGAUAUAAAUGGUCAUACAAGGUUGGGUUAAGAGGAGAACUCAUGAAUCUUCAUUCUGUUCGUGGAAGUAAUUCAGUUAGAUGGGCAAACGGGAAAUGGUUGGUCGAAAAAGAACCCCUCACCUGGUACAAGACCACUUUCACUACCCCGGGAGGCAAUGAACCACUAGCUUUAGAUUUGAGCACAAUGGGUAAAGGUCAAAUAUGGGUGAACGGUCGAAGCAUCGGUCGUUAUUUUUCGGGUUAUAUCGCGCACAACGGUUGUAACAACUGCACUUAUCCUGGAAUCUUUACUGAGAAGAAAUGUCUUACAAACUGUGGAGAGUCCUCUCAAAGAUGGUACCACGUUCCUCGCGAAUGGUUGCUAUCGAGCGGCAACUUACUGGUAGUUUUUGAAGAAUUUGGUGGAAAUCCUGGUGGGAUUUCUUUGGUUAAGAGAACUACGGUGUGAUGAUACCCACCCAUAAGCAUAAACUUUUUGCUUGUUCUUGGAUUCAAAACUUUGGAUCCAAAAUUCAAUCCUUUAUGAAUUUAUUUGAUCCAUUUGUUAUGUUUGAAUACAAUGUAAGUUUAAUGUAUAGAAUAUUUUAUGUA